GAGACUCAGAACCAAUCCAUCAACAUCUCAAGACACUCAAUCAACUCAACCCAACAAAUCUUCUGAACUUUAACUCAUAAACUGAAUUUAUCAAAUAUCUCAAUCCAAGCCAAACCAGUGAAGACAAGAAAUCCAACCAUUGAAACAUGGUAGAAGGCCUAAAACAUAAACUGAUCAUCUUAUUUGAAAUUCUAAUCAUCACCACAACUUUAAUCACUGGAUUUUAUUUACCAGGAAGUGCUCCUAAAGAUUAUUCAGAAGGUGAUCUAGUUCCACUCUUGGUCAAUGCACUCACUCCUCAAUUAUCUCAACAUUCAAAAUUGAAAAGUGUACUUUCAUUUGAUUAUUAUCAUCCUCAAUUUCAUUUUUGUAAACCUUUGAAUGAUGAACCCAAAAGUCAACGUGAAUCUUUUGGUAGUAUUUUGUUUGGUGAUCGACUUUAUAAUUCUCCUUUUGAGAUUCGAAUGAGGAAAAAUGAAACAUGUAAAAAACUUUGUGAUACGGUCAUUCCUGGAGGACAAGAUACAAAGUUUAUGAAUACAGCCAUCAGAGAACAUUAUGCUCUUAAUUGGCUAGUUGAUGGUCUUCCGGCUGCUGAAAUGAAACGCGAUGAUCGGACGGGAAAGACGUUUUAUUCGAUUGGAUUUGGCUUAGGAAAAGAAGGUCCACCUCCUACGCUUCAUAAUCAUUACAAUAUCUUUUUAGAAUACCACAUGCGAGAUGGACAGUAUCGUGUGGUAGGUGUAUUGGUUUGGCCAACCUCGGUUGGUAAGAAUUCUGGCGGAGAACAAACUUGCGAAUCUGAAGAAACUUUAACUCUGAAAGAAGAUGGCGAUAAUCCGAUCAGCUACACAUAUAGUGUCAUUUGGACUGAAUCCAAGACUCCUUGGGCAACUCGAUGGGAUAAUUACCUAUAUAUCUUUGAUCCUCAGAUACAUUGGUUUUCAUUAGUCAAUUCUAUAGUGAUCGCCCUCUUCUUGUGCGUGAUGGUCGGUAUGAUUCUCAUAAGAACCGUCAAUCGGGAUAUUGGAAGAUACAAUGCAAUCGAUCAGAUAGAUGAUGUUCAAGAAGACUUUGGAUGGAAAUUAGUUCACGGUGAAGUCUUUAGAUCACCAGAAAGACCAAUGUUAUUAUCAGUCGCUGUAGGUAGCGGUGCUCAAUUGGUGGCUAUGGCAGCUGUCACUCUAGCAUUUGCUCUGCUGGGCUUCCUCUCGCCUGCUAAUCGUGGUAGUCUAUCUACUGUGAUGAUCAUCACUUGGACUUUAUUCAGUUAUAUAGCUGGAUACGUGAGCACGAGGCUUUAUCAAACCUUAGGAGGAUUCUCGUUCAAACAAAAUAUUGUGGUCACAGCUUGCUUAUUUCCAACAAUCUUAUUUGCGGUCCUCAAUUUCCUUAAUUUCUUUUUGGUCGCAUCUGGAGCUGCUGGAGCAGUACCAUUCGGUACAAUGCUAGCCGUCAUCGUCCUCUGGUUCCUCAUCUCUCUUCCUCUAAACGUUCUAGGUUCGAUCAUGGGAUCUAGAAAAGGACCACUCAAGAUUCCCGUAAGAGUCAAUCAAAUCCCACGUCAAAUCCCUCCAACAAUUUGGUAUAUGCAGUUCUGGCCUUCAGCUUUGAUGGCUGGGAUCUUACCGUUUGGUGCUGGGUUUAUUGAAUGUUAUUUUUUGUUGUCUUCUUUGUUUGGUAGUAAGGUUUAUUAUGCUGCUGGUUUCUUAUUUCUUACAUUCGGAGUGGUGGCUCUCACUACAGCUACAGUCACGAUUUUGAUGUGUUAUUUUCAUUUAUGUCAAGAAGAAUAUAGAUGGCAAGAAAGAGCAUUUGUGACGGGUGGCGCAAGUGCUUUUUGGUUAAUUGGAUAUGGACUUGUUUAUGCUACUAGACUUUCACUUGAUGGAUUGGCUUCGAUUGCACUUUAUGUGGGAUAUUUAAUGCUUAUUGCUCUUUUAGAUUUUUUGGUGACGGGAUCAAUAGGAUAUAUUGCUACAUUUUUCUUUUUACAAAGGAUAUACUCAAGAAUUAGGAUUGAUUAAAUGAUGAUGGAUUAAAUUUUCAAGAUAGAAAUUGUUGUGCUAAAUUACUAAAACGAAAUCAAGCUUUCUGAUAAUAUUUUCUUUUGGAAAAAGAAAAUCAAGAGUAUCAAUCUUUAUUUUUACAAAUUGAAAAUUGAUUUAUUUAUUGUUUCUUUCUUUUCUGUAAAGCUUUUUUUUGCUUUUUUGUUCACUUGAAGCCAUUGAGCAUUUUUUGAUAUUCUGUUUUUUUUCAUUGGGGAAAUGAAUGAAGAAUUUGAA